AUGAGUGCUACCAUCAAGUUGGAAAAAACCGACAGAAGGGACACUCUUGUCGAGAUCGAGAAGAAGUACCAGAAGUACUGGGCCGACAACAAGUUUUUCGACGUGGAUGCCCCCACUUUGGAGGAAGAUGCUGAAGAUGAUGCUGAUGUCUUGAGAGAGAAGCACCCCAAAUUCUUCGUCACUAUGGCAUACCCAUACAUGAACGGUGUUUUGCACGCUGGUCACUCUUUCACUUUGUCCAAGGCCGAGUUUGCUACUGGAUUUGAGAGAAUGAACGGAAAGAGAGCCUUGUUCCCAUUGGGUUUCCACUGCACUGGUAUGCCAAUUAAAUCGUCUGCUGACAAGAUCCAGAGAGAGGUGGAGAUGUUCGGUGCAGAUUUCUCUGGUGCUCCUGCGGAGGAUGAAGAAGAGGAGGAGACUCCAAAGGAGGAGAAGGCCAAGGAGGAUCCUACCAAGUUCAAGGCUAAGAAGUCCAAGGCUGCUGCUAAGCAGGGCAGAGGUAAGUACCAGUUUGAGAUCAUGUUGCAGCUUGGUCUCUCCAAGGAGGAAGUUGCAGCUUUCGCUGACCCUCAACACUGGCUCCAGCACUUCCCACCUUUGGUUCAGAAGGACGUUACUGCGUUUGGUGGUAGAGUCGACUGGAGAAGAUCCAUGGUCACUACUCCAGCCAAUGCCUACUACGAUGCUUUCGUCAGAUGGCAGAUCAACAGAUUGAAGGACUGUGGCAAGAUCAAGUUUGGUGAAAGAUACACCAUCUACUCCGAGAAGGAUGGCCAGGCUUGUUUGGACCACGACAGACAGAGUGGUGAGGGUGUCAACCCACAAGAGUACGUUGGCAUCAAGAUUGAGGUUACUGAGUUUGCUGCUGAGGCCCAGAAGAUAUUCGCUGAGAACAACUUUGACCUCGCCAACAAUAAGGUUUUCUUGGUGGCUGCCACCUUGAGACCAGAGACCAUGUAUGGACAGUCGUGCUGUUUUGUCUCGCCAAAGAUUGACUACGGUGUCUACAAGGCUGCCGACGGUGUUUACUACAUCACUACCAAGCGUGCUUUCAAGAACAUGUGCUACCAGAAGUUGACGCCUCAGAGAGGUGACUACACUGCUGCUUUGACCAUUAACGGUAGUGCCAUUGUCGGCUCCAAGAUCCACGCUCCUUUGGCUGUUUACAAGGAGUUGAGAGUACUUCCUAUGGACACUAUUUUGGCCUCAAAGGGUACUGGAGUGGUGACUUGCGUGCCUUCCAACUCUGCUGACGACUACAUCACCACUAAGGAUUUGGCCAACAAGCCAGAAUACUACAAGAUUGAGAAGGACUGGGUUCAGACUGAUAUCGUUCCAAUCAUCCAUUCCGAGAAGUACGGUGAUAAGACUGCUGAGACCUUGUGCAAUGAGUUGAAGAUCCAAUCUCCAAAGGACACCGUUCAAUUGGCCAAGGCUAAAGAACUCGGUUACAAGGAGGACUUUUACAACGGUACUAUGAUCAUUGGCAAGUACAAGGGUGAAAAGGUUGAGGCAGCCAAGCCAAAGGUCAAGGCUGACUUGAUCGCUGCUGGCGAGGCUUUUGUCUACAACGAACCCGAGUCCCUUGUGAUGUCCAGAUCUGGCGACGAAUGUAUUGUUUCCUUGGAAGACCAGUGGUAUAUCGAUUACGGUGAAGAGAACUGGAAGGCUCAGGCCGAGGAGUGUCUUGCUUCCAUGGAGACCUUCUCCAAGGAGACCAGACACGGCUUUGAGAGUGUUUUGGAUUGGUUGAAGAACUGGGCUCUUACAAGAACCUACGGUUUGGGUACUAAAUGUCCAUGGGAUGAGUCACAGUUGAUUGAGUCUUUGUCUGACUCCACUGUCUACAUGGCCUACUACACCAUUGCACGUUUCUUGCACUCCGACUACUAUGGUAAGGUCAAGGGUAAGUUCGACAUCAAGCCAGAGCAGAUGACCGAUGAAGUGUUCGAUUACAUCUUCACCAGACGUGAUGACAUUAAGACCGAUAUCCCAUUGGACCAGUUGAGGGCCAUCAGAAGAGAGUUCGAGUACUUCUACCCAUUGGACGAGAGAGUUUCCGGUAAGGACUUGAUUCCUAACCAUUUGACUUUCUUCAUCUACACUCACGUUGCCAUCUUCCCCAAGCAGUUCUGGCCCCGUGGUGUGAGAGCCAAUGGUCAUUUGAUGUUGAACAACGCCAAGAUGUCUAAGUCCACAGGUAACUUCUUGACUUUGCAGCAGAUUGUGGAGAAAUUCGGAGCUGAUGCUUCCAGAAUUGCUUUGGCUGAUGCUGGUGACACCGUAGAGGAUGCUAACUUCGAUGAGGCCAACGCUAACGCUGCUAUCUUGAGAUUGACCACUUUGAAGGAGUGGUGUGAGGAGGUCAAGGCCAACAAGGACACCUUGAGAACCGGAGAGUUCAACUCUUUCUUCGACGAGGCCUUCGACAACGAGAUGAACCACUUGAUCGAGCAGACUUACGAGCAGUAUUCUAACACCUACUACAAGAAUGCUCUUAAGUCCGGAUUGUUUGACUUCCAGUCUGCCAGAGACUACUACAGAGAGUCCGUGGAUGUUAUGCACAAGGACUUGGUGUUCAAGUACAUUGAGGCCCAGGCAUUGUUGUUGGCUCCUGUCGCUCCUCACUUCGCUGAGUACUUGUACAAGGAGGUGUUGGAGAAGGAUGGUUCUAUCCAAACUGCUAAGUUCCCUAGAGCCUCCAAGCCAGUUUCCCAAGGCUUGUUGGACUCCUUGGAGUACGUCAAGGAGGUGGCCAGAGCUGUUCGUGAUGCCGAGUCUGUUGUGUUGAAGUCUAAGAAGGGAAAGGCCGAGGUUGAUGCUUCCAAGGCUGCCUCCAUCACUUUGCUUGUGUCGACUUCUUUCCCAGAGUGGCAAGACGAGUACAUUGAGCUCGUAAGAGAAUUAUACGAGAGCCACACAUUGAACGACAACAAGGUGAUCAAGGAAAAGGUUGGUAAGGACAUGAAGAGAGCCAUGCCAUUCAUCAACUUCUUGAAGCAAAGAUUGGUGAAGGAAGACCCCAAGACAGUUUUUAACAGAAAGUUAACGUUUAACGAAGGUGAGCUUCUCAAGAAGGUGUUGACCAUCAUUGAGAAGGCACCUACUACUCUUAAUGUUUCCGAGGUGAAGGUUGUUGCUUUCCCUCAUGGUAGCAAGAGCGGAACCGAUCUUAUUUCCGGCGAGGAGGUGGCUAUUACUGCUACAGGCAAGGUUGUUGAGGCUGCCGUUCCUGGAGUUCCUGGUAUUUUGAUCAAGAACGUUGAGUAA